GCUGGCAUGGCGGCCGGGCUGCGAUGGCGCCGCCGCUGUCGCCGCCGCUGCUGCCGAGGGCCCUGGGCGGCCCGGGCGGCCCGGGGGCUGCGCUGCGCUCCGUGAACACACGGGAGGCCUCCGAGGUCGUCUUCAACAACCACAGCCCCCGCUGGGUGCUGCCCGUCUGGCUGGACUUCGAGGGCCGGCCGCGCCCCUACCCGGUCCUGCAGCCGCGCACCGGGCGCGUCAUGCGCAGCUACCGCGGGCACCUCUGGCUGUUCCGGGAUGCAGGGACCAACGAUGGGCUCCUUGUCAACCAGCAGGAGCUGUUUGUGGCAGCCCCCAACGUGACCAAAGCUGACAUCACACUGCCAGUGUUCACCCUGAAGGAGAGAUGUCUGCAGGUCGUGCGCAGUCUGGUCAGCCCGGAGGACUACAGGAAACUGGACAUUGUUAGAUCAUUAUAUGAAGAGCUGGAGGAUCAUCCUGAUAUUUGGAAGGAUCUUCAGCGGCUUUCUCUGGAGAGGAGUGAAGCGUUGAGGAAUGGAAUUCUGGAAUAACAUGGUUACUGACUUCAGACUGUUCAAUAGCAAUCCACUGAGUUUGAGCAGUGAGGGUCACCAGGGAACACACCAAGAACCGAUGGCUCCAUUUAAAGUUCUGAAACAUAAACUCAGUUAAGGUGGUUAUGGUAAGUCAGAUCCCAAAGACUGAACAGCACCUGGAGUGUGCCAGCUUCUGAUGGUUCGGGUCUGUUGCUCAUUACGUGUAUCGCAAACAGAUGGCUCCGGAGGCCUCACACGGAUGAAGCUCAGAAGUUUGGGCACUGCAUAGGGAUCAGGACAGCUAUAUGGAACAUAUUCAUACAGAGUAACCUUCAUUGUAUUGGAAAGCAGAUUACACCAAGGAUUAAUUUAACCCAGACUAAUGGUUGUAAGUGGCAGAUUGACACCAGUUUUGUUUAAGUAAUUUGUUUUGAUGGAAUUUCCCUGUCAUGCAUAGCCUCCAUGUGCCCGUGGGUCACAGCGUGGGAGUUUUUAUGUGAGGGUUUCCAGUACCACCUGAAGACUUGACAAAUAUUACGUUGAUGUAAAAAUUA